CAGACAUAUAGUCUGACAUCAGCCGAGCAGCGGCCACUGAGAAGCAGACACGGACUGAUGCGUCCACAAGAAGGACCUCAUUAUCAUUUUCUGGAGUAAACACAUUUUCGUCAUCAGGAGGAGUCGCGUCAUUUGGAGCCGGAGCGCACAUUCCUGAGCAGAUUUGCGCAUUUUUUUGAUUGCAGAUUUGUUUGUAUCCCCUCACGCGCGCUGUUUUCUAUGUUUAUUUCCCAGUCAAAGUCAUGCUCGAAGCGUUAUAUCUGAAAUUGUUUUAAUUCAGCAACAUGGAACAGCAGCCCUUCAAACCCGAAUCCAAAAACAUGGACGCGUGUCUGAGACGGCUGAAACAAGAACUGCUGUCUAUGAAAGAGGCAGGAGAUGGCCUCCACGCUCAGAUGAACUCAAUGAUGGGAGCCCUCCAGGAACUCAAGCUGCUUCAGGUCCAGACAGCGCUGGAAGGCCUCGACAUUUCGGGGCGGCCCAUUAACAGAGGAAUCCCACGCCCAGUGCCAGCAGCUCCCCCUCAGGCAGCAGCUACUUCGGCUUCAAAAGAGGAGCACGGGUCCUGUUUUAGACCAACUAUGGCGGAAGAGUCCAACAUAGAUCCAAUGCCAAGUCCAAGGCCAUCUGUGGACAGCAGAAACUCCCUUAGUAGAGAUGAACAGACUUCAUCCCGAAACAGAAGCAGCCUGGAAACCUCGUCAUCUUCGGCAUCCAGUCUAGAGAGCGACAGUGACAGUGACAGUGAAACAACUGAAAGCAGUGAAAGCAGUGCAAGAAAUGCAAGAAGUGAGAAUGACCUGGAGUCGAUACCUCGGAGGUGGUCGGGAUACACCGCCCCUCAGGUUGACUUCUGCGGACCAGUGGUGGGAAACCCUCCACCAGAACCCCAUUACUCCCAUUCGCAUGCUUCUCGUCAUUCACAAGUGGUGGACCUGCCUGGGAUCCUGUACAGCCUCUCCAGAGAGGGCCCCUCCUUGGACAGCGACUAUUCCCAGGAAAGCGCGGACGAUGCCAGUGACUGGACAUCCUCGCUCAUGAGCCGCUGUCGCAAUCGUCAACCCUUGGUGCUGGGCGACAAUGUAUUCGCAGACCUGGUAGGCAACUGGCUGGACUUGCCCGAGGUGGAGAGGGAGGAUGGAAAAGAAUUGGAUAGGAUGGUGGAAGAUGGAGCGGACAGACCGGACACCCCGGCGCAUCCUCUCCGCCUGAGCCGCUCGCAAGAGAUCUGCAAGAAGUUCUCGCUCACGACAAACAUCUUCAAGAAGUUCCUGCGCAGCGUCCGUCCCGAUAGGGACAAACUGCUGAAAGAGAGGCCGGGCUGGAUGGCUCCCGAGCAGUCGGAGGGCGACCUAUUAAAAAGGCCAAAGAAAGUAGUUCCUAAAAGUUCAAAGGGCAGCUUUUACUUGCCUUUCUGGGCGAGUGGACAGCCGGGGAAAGGCAGAGCGUUCCUCCCUUUAGCGGAGGCAGAUAAGGACCACCACCAUCAACCCUUCCCCCAAUUCCACCAGCAACCAUUCACUGGGAUUUAUUUAGACAGGAGACGGCCAGAAACCGGCCUGGAGAAAAUGCAGCCCUUGUUUGACUACAACACAGCUGUGUGGGUCUAACAGUCAGCCGCGAGCCAAAAGACUGCCAUUGAUGCCAGAGUGACUGUGUGACAGGUGCUGGUGGGGCUUCAACUGUGAUAGACGGGAGUGAAUGGGUGAAUGAGUGAGAGGCUUGGGUCCAGAAAAAUGAAGCCAUAAACUUCACACCACCACAUCUUGGUCCUGCGACUGAAAGAUUAAGGGGGCAACAUUUUAUCUGACAAUCUGAAACACCAGACUUUGUUUGCUGUGAGCGCAUGAGCAUGUGCUGCUGCAGCAUGUCCCAGCCUGAGUUUGUCUUUUCAGAGUUUAUGCUGCGGUUUUUGUAUUAUUCAAAAUUUCUUCACACAUUUGCAUGAAUGACUGGAUUGUCUGGUUUUCUUACAGUAAAAGACGGUACUUUUGAAAUGGACAUCUUUCUCUGAUCACCAUCAAUGCAGGUCUUUAUAAAAACAUACACAGAUUUCUUUUUUUCACUGAACUACUACAACACAUUACUCCCAUAUAUCCCACUUCUUUGCAUUUAUGAAUAGCAACACCCAGUGUUACAUUGCAUGGACAAGUGAGGCUGCAAACAGCUGUCGCUGAACGCACUGCCACUAAACUUGUCUAAGCUCUCUUUUGUCUCUGAAAGGCUUGGAAACUCAGGAUUAACAAGACUCAUGUUUUUCACUUUGCUCAGGAAAUAAACACCGGAGGAAAACAAUUAGACACUGCCUGGUCUCACAAUUUCUCACUGAUAACAGCAACAUGGUGCAUGACAUAACCAGUGAUGUGGUCGUUUUAAUGGUAGAACCACACAUUUUUCUUCUCUGUCAUGUCAUCUUGCAAAGCUUGAGUGAACUGAAAGUCCUUUUGGGUUGUUGAUGUGUAAAAAAAAAAAUGGGAAGGGGGUGAACACGGCGAACCGUGAGCACAGGGUAACUGACAGCCAUCUGGUACCCUGUCAAAAUGCAAAGCCUGUUACAAUCUAAAGGAAGAUGCAGAAUAAUCUUGUUUAAUCCCAAAGCUUUGUGAAUGAUAAUGAUGAUGAAGUUGCAUACAGUACUGUUUAUACACAACCCAAUAUAUUACAUGGCUGGGAAAAGAUUGAAACAACUGAGAGUGGAAGAAAUGACAAGUCAUAUUUUACAUAGGAUUAUGUAAACACACUUAAUGUACAGAUAUUUGUACAUAUUUAUCAUCGACCAAAACAACAGCAAUAAGAAGCAUUUACUAUAACAUCCCAUUGCAUGGUUUUCAAUAUCCUGCACAGUCAAACAUCUAAGAUUAAAACAGUUUUAAUGUCACAUAUAAUCAAUGCCACCAUACUGACAGUAUUUUCUUGGAUCAUAAAAAACUUCUUACUGUGUAUUUAAUUACAAGCGGCACCGUAACGGUUUAAAUAAAACCACAGCUUCCCUCACAAGCUCCUGCAGGAUUAUAGAUGACACUGCCCGUUUUGAACCCAAACACUUCACUUUUAGUGGAGGACCGCUGUUAUGCAAGGACAAUCUUAUACAAUUAUUAUAUAAAAAAAUAAAUACAUUUCACAUUGUUCUAAAAGUGAUACCAGACCAUCCAACUCAGCCAGCAGGGAUUAGGUCACAGAGGUCCUUUUGAGUGUCUUUGCCAGCUGAUCCAUAUGGUGUUGUCUCAGUAUUCAGGUCAAUACAUUCUGCACAUUCAGAGGGUCCAACACACACACACACACACACACACACACACACACACACACACACACACACACACACACACACACACACACACACACACACACACACACACACAACUGAGGACACAGUUGUGCCAUAAGGCGCAGGCUGAGAUAUAACACAGUAUGCUUUUGUAAAAGUAAUUUUUAUUUCUUUCUAUCAAAGUUGUCUUAAAUGUAAUUUUCUGCACUGUUGUUGAUGUUUUUUCAGCAGGUUUCUGCGAACCUAGUGGUUAUGUGUUUUGUGCACUGUCAAACUGCUG